UUGCCUCAUCCUCUUAACUAUGAGCCGACCAAUCACUCGUGCCAAGAAUGCAAGCCAGCACCCUGGACAAGUUGUGUUGGACGCUCAGCCCAAGUGUCAGACACGAACCAAAGUAGCAGAAGAAAGAAAAAACAAAGCCCACAACAACGAGAUGACCGCACUUGCUAUCAGGCGGGCACUUUCAGCUGUGGAAAAAGAGGAAGACAAACAAGCAAGGGAAGACUUAGCAGCAGAAAAUCCAGUUCCACCUCCUUCUCAGCGCCAGCGUGCUCAGCCAAAGAUGGCAUCAAAGACUUCAGGACCUGGCAUUGCUCCCAGGCAUCAGAAAAGCAACCACAUGGUCAUUCCUGUCCACCCCACCAUCAUCUCAAGUUCAAUGCAGAAGCAGCCAAGCUAUUGAUAUUCCUGCCAGUGAGGAAGGCAUUGCAGAGACUCAUUGC